UGGCGGAGAGGGGUGGUGGAGGACACUGAGUGGAGGUCAGUGGAGGGAUUGACAAAGAGAGGGGUGGAGGACACUGAGUGGAGGUCAGUGGAGAGAUUGACAAAGAGAGGGGUGGAGGACACUGAGUGGACGGGGUGGAGGACACUGAGUGGAGGUCAGUGGAGGGAUUGGCAGAGAGGGGUGGAGGACACUGAGUGGUGGUCAGUGGAGGGAUUGGCAGAGAGGGGUGGAGGACACUGAGUGGAGGUCAGUGGAGGGAUUGACAGAGAGGGGUGGAGGACACUGAGUGGAGGUCAGUGAAUGGGUUGGCAGAGAGGGGUAGCAGACACUGAACGG